GCAUUUAAUCAAGAAAAAAUGUUUUUCAUUUAGUGUUAUAAUUAGUUCUACCAUUGUUUUUAAGUAAAUUAUCUCAUGGUAGGGGGCUGUUUUGAGCAGUUGAAAUAACAGGGCUUACCAAAUUAACUAUUUGGCAUUUGUCCUAAUCUACAGAUUGGAAACAAACUCGCUAAAAUUUCGAUUCACCACAACUCCAUCGAAAAUACCGAUGCUUGAAAAUGAACGAAAUGGUUUUAGCACUCAGAUUGUCUUUUUGGAUCAAACGAUGACUUAAAUUGCGUCUUGAUAAUAUACCGUAAAGUAAGUACGUUGACUUAAAUUGGGUAACAGUAAGUGAUGUGCUUAGUUGAAUGAGGUUCAAUUUUUAACAAAAUAAAGCUAACGGUAUAGGUGUUAGACCCGCCCGGUUUUCUUUUUGGUGAAUUAAGCAUGCAAUUAGCGCCUAUUCAGUCUUAACGACCUUAGAACUUUGAAACAACUUUAACCAGACACACUAAACGCUAUCCUUUAAUGAGAGGUGGUGCAAACUUUGAAAUGAAGUUAGCCUUUAAUUGAAAUACGUCUGAUGCUCAUGUGCUUGUCAGAGUAAGAAACGAGAAAAUUAAGACAAAUCAGAAAAGUACACCAACGGAAAUUAGGUUAACAAUUUAGCGAUGAUUGAUUCUGUCUGAAUCAUGUUCAGCUGUCUGCCGUUUCUUCAAGUUCAGCUGUGUAAAAGGUCAAAUGUGUCCUUUCCGGCAUGUGAAAGGUGACAAGGAGGUCGUGUGUAAACAUUGGUUACGUGGUCUUUGCAAGAAAGGCGAUGAUUGUGAAUUCUUACAUCAAUUUGAUAUGACCAAAAUGCCAGAGUGUUAUUUUUUUACAAAAUUUGGAAUGUGCAGUAACAAAGAAUGUCCAUUUUUACAUAUUGAUCCAGCGAGUAAGGUGAAAGAUUGCCCGUGGUAUGACAGGGGGUUCUGUAAACAUGGCCCUGAUUGUAAAAACAGACAUGUGAGGAGGGUGAUGUGUCAGAAUUUUCUGAAUGGUUUUUGUCUUGACGGUCCAAACUGUAAAUUUGUACACCCAAGUUGGGAUAUUCCAGUGAUGUCAGAGCAACAAAAAGAGAACAUGCUAAAAAUAACAUGCCACACGUGCGGCGAGAAAGGCCACAAAGCUCAAAGUUGUCCGCAGAAUCCAAGAAGGCCUAUGCAUGUGCUGGAUGAGAACAAGGGAUCAGGGCCACAGCAGUACAACAGCAUACCAAGUAGGAGCACAGGUACAAGGGGAAAUCUAGACCACAUCAUCUGUUACAAGUGUAAUGAAAGGGGACAUUUUGCAAAUAAAUGCCCAACCAAUUUACCAAUGAUCUUUGCUUCAUGAGACAAGCUUCUGGAAUCAAACAUCAUCCUUGCAAUGGACCGAGAUAGCACACAUUACUUUACAUGUUUUGAUGGUGUGAGAGUGCCUUUUGCAUUAUAAGACCACUCUGAAGAGAACUAUUAGUACAUUCACUUGAAUCUGUGAUAACAAUAAUCCCAGAUUGAACCUGGGUUUGAAAGUUCAGAGAAGAUAGGUGAAGGUUGUGAGGUCAGCAGAGCAAGGUCACAAUCACAUGAGGUCUAGUGGAAUAAUUAAAAGCUGCUGAAAAGAUGUAUUUUUUUGGCCAUGUUAGAUUUUAAAACUGAUGUAUAUACUACUACUUUUAUACUUCUAUACAUAGGCUCUGAGUGGCAAGCUAGGCCUACAGUACUAGUCGUAGGCCAAUGAACUAGUACACUAGUAGGCCAAACUGCUACUAGGCCUCAUAGUACUUUGGCCUAGGAAAUACAUAUUAAAAUUCUAUCACUGCAAGUAA